AGCUGCAUCCAGCGGCCGCGGGGGCGGUGGCUCCCCCUGGGGGCGGCUCAGCAGCAUACACCGCCGUCUGCCUGGUGGGGUUCUGAGGGUCAGGCAACAUGACGACGGAGACCUUGGUGAAGGAUAUCAAGCCGGGGCUCAAGAAUCUGAACCUCAUCUUCAUUGUGCUGGAGGCAGGCCGAGUGAACAAGACAAAGGACGGUCACGAAGUUCGAACCUGCAAAGUGGCAGACAAAACGGGCAGCAUCAAUAUCUCCGUUUGGGACGACGUGGGCAACCUGAUCCAGCCUGGGGACAUUAACUGGCUCACCAAAGGGUGCGCUUCAGUGUUCAAAGGUUGUCUGACAUUGUACACUGGUCGUGGCGGUGAUCUUCAGAAGAUUGGAGAACUCUGUAUGGUUUAUUCUGAGGUUCCUAACUUCAGUGAGCCAAACCCAGAGUACAGUGCCCAGCAAGCACCCAACAAGAUGGUGCAGAUCGACAGCAGCCCUGCAGCUCCCCAGCCUACCGCUGGACCCCCUGCUGUUUCUCCAGCCUCUGAGAGCCAGAACGGGAAUGGACUGAGUGCCCCACCAGGCCCUGGUGGUGACCCACAGCCCCCUCACACUGCUUCCCACCCCCCCAGCACCCUAAUUACCCGAAACCAACCCAACCACACACCUGCUGGCCCUCCUGGCCCCUCCAACAACCCUGUCAGUAACGACAAAGAAACCCGGAGAAGCAGCAAGAAAUAGCAAGACAAUCUUCCUCCCUCCCCACCACUGACUAUAUACCAAGUGUCUGCUAGAGAACACAGCCUUUACUGGGCUGCUGGCUUGGGGGUGAGAAGGGAUAGGUAGCAAUAUUAGCAAUAUUUUAGCCACUAAACUUCACUAAAAGGGUGGUGAGAAGAGGCCUUAUCCAACCUACACUCAUACUCACCCCUUUACCCAGCUGAAGCUGCCUGUGCCCUGGGAUUAGGGUCUCUGCCUGCCCUUCUUCCUCUUCAGAAAUGAGUUAUGGUCUGUUUCUCGUAUGUGUGUGAUGUGGAAAUCUAAUUGAAUCCCUUCUUCCCAAUAAAUGUUACUACUCUG